GUGCCACCUACCUGUGCCCAGCAGUGCCACCCACCUGUGCCCACCAGUUGCCACCUGUCAGUGUCCAUCAGUGCCAGCUGUCAGUGCUCAUCCAUACCACCUGCCAGUGCCCAUCAGUGUCACAUCAAUGCCACAUUUCAGUGCCUACCAGUGCACAUCAAUGCCACAUAUCAGUGCCCAUCUGAGCUGCCUUUCAGUGUCACCCAUCAGUGCCAGUCAGUGCCACCUAUCAAUUGCAGUCAGUGCCACCUAUCAAUGCUGCCAAUCAGUGCCACCUAUCAGUGCCAGUCAGUGCCGCCUAUCAGUGUGUAUCAGUGCCGCCUAUCAGUGCCCGUCAGUGCUGCCUAUCAGUGCCGCCUAACAGUGCCAGUCGGUGCCACCUAACAGUGUCAGUCAGUGCCGCCUAUCAGUACCACCUAUCAGUGCUGUCUUUCAGUGACCAUCAGUGAUGCCUGUCAAUGCCCAUCAGUGCCACCCACUAGUGCCUCCUCAUCAGUGCUCAUCAGUGCCACCUAUCAGUGUCCAUCAGUGCAGCCUAUCAGUGCCCAUCACUGCAGCCUCAUUAGCGCACAUCA